UAUCGUGUCGAUCACAGUCGAUGACUCAACAGAACCAAAAUGAAACUUCGAACGUUUCUUUGAGGUUAGACGAGAGUGUCGCGAUCAUUGCAUGUGCUAAUACGGUUUCCACCACGCAUAAUUAAUUGAUCGUGCAUGUAGUACAGCCACAGCGCAUACCGUCCGCCAUCAUGAGUAAGAUGUAUUCGACAGCGAAUCUAUCUGAUAAGGAACUAAAGGAACAAGGGAAUCAUCUCUUUAGUCUGCACAAAUAUGAAGACGCAGCAAAUUGUUACACAAAGGCGAUUAUAAAGAAUCCAGAUCAAGCGUUAUACUUCACAAAUCGGGCAUUGUGUCAUUUAAAACUGAAACAAUGGGAAUCCGUGUGCAAAGAUUGCAGACGAGCCUUGGACAUGGAUCCCUGUCUGAUGAAAGGGCAUUUUUUUUUGGGACUCGCUCUUUUGGAACUAGAGCUCUUCGAUGAAGCAGUGAAGCACUUGCAGAGAGCUGUAGACUUGGCAAAGGAGCAGAAACUGAAUUAUGGAGAUGAUAUCACCAGUGUAUUGCGGCAGGCCCGUAAACGUCGUUUCCAAGUGAGAGAGGAACAAAGAAUCGCCCAGGACAUUGAAUUGCAGACUUACCUGAGUCAGCUGAUCAUCGACGAUGCAAAGCGCAACUUAACAGAUUUGCAAGAACAGGAGACGACGAAAGAUACCGAUGCAGAAGCGAGUUCGGCCGAGUUCACCAGGAGAAAAGAGGAAAUUGAGGAAAAGAGAGACACCUGCAUAUCGCGGCUCAACGAUCUCUUUGCCAAAGUCGACGAGAGGAGGAGGAAAAGGGAAGUGCCUGACUACUUAUGUGGCAAAAUCAGCUUCGAAAUUCUGCAGGAACCGGUAAUUACGCCGAGUGGAAUCACAUACGAGCGGAAGGACAUCGAGGAACAUCUUCAACGAGUUGGCCACUUUGAUCCAGUCACACGUGUCCGUCUAACGCAGGAUCAGCUAAUCCCGAAUCUAGCGAUGAAGGAAGUGGUCGAUACUUUUCUGCAGGAAAACGAAUGGGCCUUGCACUACUGAUGUUGAGUUUGCAUAGAUUUACUGCCUUAAGUUAAACCAAUAGCACUUCUCGAUAAAAAAAAAGAAAAUUUGACUUUUCGAUAAAAAGGUUUAUUAGGGCAGCAUAUCCAAGAAAUCUCAAGGAUGUAAAAUAGUAGUAUAUAUAAAGAAUUAAGUAUUUUGUUAUCGUUAAAUAUUUGUGUGAAAUAUGCUAUAUAUAAAACGUAAAACGUUAUUGUUAUCAGAUAUGUAGCGAAUAAUUAGCGUAAGAAUUAUACAAAUCUAUAAAGUAUGCGUUAAUUUCGUAAAUGCUGAUAAUUAGUUUGCAUACGGAUUUUCAGUUAAUUUUAUAACCAAUAGUUCUCGAUUGCAAAAAUUAGUAUUUUCAAAAACCGUGUUUUUAACAAGAUUAAAAAAUCAAAAUUUGCGCUAAAAUUAAAGUCGAGAAUUGAUAUUGAGAAAAUUCAAGAAAAGUUUAAAAGUUUAAGUUCUAGCAGUGACUCGAAGGGUAAUAUAAAAUAAUAAGCGCUUAUACAUAUGUAAUUUUUGUUUUUCUAUAAACAAUAAAUUAUUUAUUUUAUCACUAAUAUUAUUAUCCUUGCUUACUCAUUGUCUGCUAAAAAGAUAUUUUUUAUUUCAAUAUUAGCUUUGUAUUAAGGGAGCAUAUACCUUUCUCCGAGCAAAAACUUGGCAUAUUUCAUGAUUUUUUUCUGGCGAAAAUAUAAAAGUUACGAGAAUUAGGUUUUUCAUAAAUGAAAGUACACAUUUUAGCUUACGUUUUCUGUUUUUUUAUUUCUUAUUUAUAAUUGGAAGUGUUUCCCGCCCUAGAUCCUGCGCGUCAUACAGCGGUUUGCGGUACCAGCGAAAUCUCUGACCUGGUUCAUCUGAAAUAAAACAAUCGAAGAGUCUUAAAAUUUAUGAUAUUUUUUAGUCCCUCUCAGAUGCGAAUUUUUUAAUUUUGAUUUUUAACAAAAUGGCGGACGUUCAAACUGAAGACAUCGAUUUUUGGCCGAAAUUUUCAUUUUGUUUCUCAAAAUAAAAUAGAAACAAUUAAAAAGGUGCAAAAAGCAUUCGACUAGGGACUAGAAAAUUUUACAUGCUUGCGGUAGCUCAAAACCGCUUUCAAAUCAGUUGAGCCGUGUUCGAGUCUCGGCUGGUAGCGAUUUUGAAAACAUGAUUUCGAGAAAAACGCUUCUAAAGUUUUACAACAGGUUUACACUAUAAUAAAAUUGAUUUAUUUUAACUUACAUAAAAUUAUCUAUACCAUAAAAUGGGUCCUCCUUAGCUGAAUUAUCUUCUUCCAAUUGACUUUUGACAAGUCGACGAUGAAUCUCAGCCUCUCGAGUCGCGUGUUGCGUGCGAAUGUCCGCUUGGCAGAAUCGACGAGUAUCACUUGCAGCUGCGAAUUACGCUGCAUUUUGCCAGGUUUUAUACUCAUUGCAUUCAUUAUUUUUAGCAAAGAUGUGGCUCCUUCAUUUAAUAAGCAAACAGCUAUAUAAGUCGCUGUUUCUACGAUGCGAGUACUACUACUGUUUGUAAUUUUUGGAGCCAUUCUCCAAAAAAAUUAAAUUAUUGUAACUUUCGUUGUUAUUUUGUGUAAACCCGCCGAGACAACGAUUUAGUAACGUUUCUGUAAUAUGUACGUUAUGCUACAUUUGGAAUAGAUUAAAAAAACAGGUUUUACAGGGGCGUGCCGCUCCACUAAGGCAACCGUAUGCUUGUGCAUCGCGCAGUAAAAAGCGCUGUAUCUUCUAUAGUUGUUCGAAUUUCAAAAAACCGACUUCAGGAUUUCAUUCUUAAGACGUUAAACGUUCAAAAUAUGCAAAAAACAAUCGAUUUUUUCAACCCGAGAAAGGUAUAUGCCUUCUUAACUGUUUGACAGUGAAGAGAAAUUCAAAUCCACUCAAGGUAUUUAUUUUAACAUUCAACUGACAACAAUAUAUUCAUGUAUGUAUAUAUAUAUAUAUAUGUAUGUAUAUAUAUAUGUACAAUUUUACGUAUACGCAAUAUUAUUGUAUAUAUUGUAUCGCAAUCAUCGCAAUCAUACCUAAUAAUAAUUAUUCUUACCGUC